AUGGUCGUGCAGGACAGCACGGAUGCUGGGGAUGCCAGAGUGGGCGUGCGGCUGGAGCCCUUCCUGCACCAGGUCGGGGGGCACCUGAGCGUGAUGAAGUAUGACGAGCACACCGUGUGCAAGCCCCUCAUCUUCCAGGAGCAGAGGUUCUACGAAUCCCUGCCUCUGGCCAUGAAGCGGUUCACUCCGCAGUAUAAGGGCACCAUCACGGUGCACCUCCAAAGAGACAGCCGAGGCCAUCUCAGCCUGGUGGCCACCCCGCUGAAGGAGAACCGGGGGCCCUUCAAGGUCUCCACGGAGUCGGCGGCAGUGGCCCUAUGGCAGACUCUCCAGCAGACCACCGGCGGCACUGGUGGCGCCCACCCCCUCGCCCAGUGGCAGCUGGCUCACUCGCUCAAGGAGAGCCCCACCACGUCGCUCCUGAGGUCUGACUUCCACCUCAACGCCCCGGUCUCCUCACUGGUGGAAGACGCUAAAGGGAACCAGGCCGAGAGGAGGAGCUUCAACCCGUGGGGCCUGCAGUGCCACCAGGCCCACCUGACCCGCCUGUGCACCGAGUACCCGGAGAACCAGCGGCACCGGUUUCUGUUGCUGGAAAAUGUCGUGUCACGGUACAAGCACCCCUGUAUCCUGGACCUGAAGAUGGGGACCCGGCAGCACGGAGAUGACGCGUCCGAAGAGAAGAAGGCCCGCCACAUGAGGAAGUGUGCGCAGAGCACCUCGGCCUGCCUGGGCGUGCGCAUCUGUGGCAUGCAGGUUUAUCAAGUUGAUAAGAAGCACUUUCUCUGCAAAGACAAGUACUAUGGAAGAAAACUCUCCAUCGAGGGCUUCCGACAAGCCCUCCAUCAGUUCCUGCAUGACGGAACCCGCUUCCGGACAGAGCUCCUGGAGCCCAUACAGCGCCAGCUCCAGGCCCUCCUCUCAGUCAUUAGAAGCCAGAGUUCGUACCGGUUCUACUCCAGCUCUCUCCUCAUCAUCUAUGAUGGGCAGGAGCUGCCAGAAAGGACCCUGGGGGGCCUGCAUCCUCAGGAGGCGGCUCCACAGACGGCCCACAGCAGCUCUUCCGGAAGUCUCACCAAAGUUGACAUCCGGAUGAUCGACUUUGCUCAUACAACAUACAAAGGCUCCUGGAACGAGCACACCACUUAUGAUGGACCAGAUCCAGGCUAUAUUUUUGGCCUAGAAAACCUCAUCCAGAUCCUGCAGGAUAUUCAAGAGGGAGAAUGA